UUUUCGGUUUCCCAAAGCACUGCUCCUGCCUCCUACUACUACUACUUGUUUAAUUUCCUUUACUGUUCCCCUCCCUCCCUCUCUCUCUCGCUCUCUCUCUACGGAUUCCUAACUUCCUUCCGCCGGAAAACUUCUCCUCUUCGUCGGUAAACCGCUCGUUCGCCGGCGACCAACCCUUCAAAUCUCGCCUGUCUAACCUUCACCAUUCUCUCUCCCGCGCUGUACUUUGUAGCGCGUGGAGGUGGUGACUCGGUUGUUGGAAUCGGCCCGAUCUCCGAGUUUGACUCUGUUCCCGGUCGCUCGCGAGAAUGUGGUUGGCGUAAGGGACUUUUCGAGAUCGUUCGUGGCCGAGAUUGUCGCCUAGGGCUUUACUUUCGACGUAGUUUGUUUCUUUGUUCGGCUAAGUUAUAGUAGAAGACGGAGGCCUCCGUGGAACGGCUUCGGAAUGCGAUGGUGGAAGGAAGGGUUUGUAUGUCCCGAAAGGAUAAAUUAGAAUUUUUGAAGCGUAAAAGGCUUCAGCGUAUCAAGACCGAAACUUUGACUAGUACUCCAGAUGUCGCUAACAUGAUGGCUAGAAGUGGAGGAGAUGCUUUAAGAGCUUCAGCUUCAUGUGGUACAAGAUUACAUGGUAAUGCAGAGAUAAUUUCAGGAUUUGGUGUUGCUUCAACUGAGAAGGAAACUCGUUCAAAACGCAAGGUUGCUAAGUUUGACUUGCACGAUCUUGAAUGGACUGAAAAAAUCCCCAUGUGUCCUGUUUACUGUCCCAGUAAAGAGGAGUUUGAGGACCCUUUGGUUUAUCUGCAAAAGGUAGCACCAGAGGCUUCAAGAUAUGGCAUAUGCAAGAUUGUUUCUCCAUUCAGUCCUUGUGUUCCUGCUGGUAUGGUGUUGAUGAAGGAGAAAGCAGGUUUUAAGUUCACAACUCGAGUGCAACCCCUCCGUCUUGCUGAGUGGGAUACUGAUGACAAGGUCACUUUUUUCAUGAGUGGAAGAAAUUACACUUUUCGUGAAUUUGAGAAAAUGGCGAACAAGAUUUUUGCUCGUAGAUACAGUAGCGCUGGAAGUCUUCCUGCCUCAUACUUGGAAAAAGAAUUUUGGCACGAAAUAGCUCGUGGAACAACAGAAAGUGUUGAGUAUGCUUGUGAUGUUGAUGGUAGUGCGUUUUCAUCUUCUCCCAAUGAUCAGCUCGGAAAAAGCAAAUGGAAUCUGAAGAAACUCUCUCGCCUGCCCAAGUCUACAUUGCGCCUUCUAGAAAAUACAAUUCCGGGAGUUACUGAACCCAUGCUUUAUAUUGGGAUGCUAUUUAGUAUGUUUGCAUGGCAUGUGGAGGAUCAUUACUUGUAUAGUAUAAACUAUCAUCACUGCGGGGAGGCAAAAACUUGGUAUGGCAUUCCUGGUCAUGCAGCUUUAGAUUUUGAAAAAGUUGUUCGGGAGCAUGUUUAUACUCAUGAUAUACUAUCAACUGAUGGAGAGGAUGGGGCGUUUGAUGUGCUUUUGGGGAAAACAACUUUAUUUCCUCCAAAUGUUUUGCUAGAGCAUGGUGUCCCAGUCUACAAAGCUGUGCAAAAGCCUGGGGAGUUUAUAAUAACUUUCCCUAGAGCAUAUCAUGCAGGAUUUAGUCAUGGUUUUAACUGUGGUGAAGCUGUAAACUUUGCCAUCGGUGAUUGGUUCCCUUUGGGUUCAAUUGCAAGCCGACGUUAUGCACUUCUUAAUCGGAUGCCUCUCCUUCCUCAUGAGGAACUCCUUUGCAAAGAAGCAAUGCUGCUUCAUACUAGUUUGCAACUUUCUGAUUAUUCAUCUGCUGAGUUGAUCUGUCACCGCAGUGUCAAGAAUUCUUUUGUUAAUUUGAUGCUGUUUCAGCACUGCGCUCGGUGGUGUCUAAUGAAAGCAAGGGCAUACAGUGGCGUUUCUCCUAUUUCCCAUGGAACUAUUCUCUGCAGCUUAUGCAAACGUGACUGCUAUGUAGCAUACCUUAAUUGCAACUGUCACUUGCAUCCCGUAUGUUUUCGGCAUGAGAUUAAGUCACUCGACUUUCCUUGUGGACACAACCGUACUCUGUGUUUAAGAGAAGACAUUUAUGAUAUGGAAGAUGCAGCCAAGAAGUUUGAGCAGGAAGAUGAUAUGUUGUGCAAGGCUGAACAACAAUAUGCAAAUGGCGAUGAUUUCUUUCUUCUAUUAAAUAAUUUGCCAACGUCUGAACAGGAUGGAUACACUCCUUAUUGCAAGAUAAACUUAAAUCUAAACCAAGAAACUGCCAAAACUCAGGAUCUGAUCCAACACCUAGAGUAUAAUUCUCACAGAGAGCCUUUUGUGAGCAAUGGUGAUGAAAAUAUUGGAACUGAAGCAUCAGAUGCUUCUCUUGCUUCUGCUGCAUCAACACUUUGUUCUUUUUUGGAGUCAGUUGAAAGCGAUUCCAUUUUGAUCAAUGUACAGGGUCAUUCUAAUUUUAGUUUAGGGGAUCUUGUAACCAAAAAGUCUCGUAAAGACACGCCUCAUGAUCUCUAUGAAUUUUCACAAUCUUCGUUGAGUGAUGCAUGUUUGGGUACACAACAAGGUAUUCGUCAGGACAGCGAUGAGUCUGAUUCAGAGAUAUUCAGGGUUAAACGUCGUUCUUCUUUCAAACCUGGACAAAGAAAUAUGUGUCAUGCCAUCUCUCCUAAUAUUCAACAUCAGGGGCUUAAGCGACUAAAGAAACUCCAACCGAAGGGAAGAAGUCAAUUAGUACCAGCAGAGUAUUCGAUUUCUGGUGAUUUAAACCAGGUUGUCUCUUCCAGCACGAGUCAUUGUAAGGAUGGUGCUUUGAAAGACGCGGUCGCAAGACGAACCACUAUUCCGAUCUCAAUCAAGUUUAAGAGAAGUGUACAUGAGGAAGCAGUGAGUAAAUUCAGAGAACACCACAAACAUGAUGAAUUUGACAUUAAUUUAGGAAGGACGAUGAGAGAACAGCCCUCUAAAGAGAGUGGGCCAAAUAGACUUAAAGUUCGAGGUCCAUCUUCUAGGUCCUGAUUCCGCUAACGUUCUUUCCUCUAAUGGGGUUCUAACAAAAGGAGAAAACUGAACAUUGAUACGGGGAGCAGCUGCAGAAAAUUAACCAUUAUUUAGAUGACCAAAAGAAAUUAUUAUUCUUUGUGCAGGCCUCAAAUUGGGGUAGAUUCGCAGGAUGAUGAUUCUUGGGGGUUCUUGGGCCAGGAUAUUUUUGUCUUUUGGCAGGAGAACCUUAAAGCUAGCAGAAAGUAGUAGCUUUUGGGUAAGUGACCUCUGGUGUAAAUUUGUUUUUUGUUCUAACAACCAAAAUAGUUUUUGUGAGGAAAGUGGGUUAUUCCUGUUGUCCUCUUUAUUUUUUUUCUUAGUCUGCUGCCUCCCUUUGCUAGGGUUCGUCAUUCUUUUGUAGCAUUGGGUCAUUUGUGCCUUGGACUACUUGAAUAAAUGCAGAAAUUCUUAUUUUGGUUUCUUUCUUUUGUACA